GGGACACGCAGAGGAAGUUCCCUUUCCCUUUAAAUGCAAAUCCCAGCCCUGAGGCUGAGGGACGAGUGUCCGGUGGGCUCGGGGUGUCCGGUGGCUCAGGGACGAGUGUCCAGCAGGACACAGCUGGGCCGGUACCAGAGACUGGACCGGGACCUGGUGCAGCGCUGGGGCAGACGUUGGACUCCAGGCCAGGCGGGCGGCUCCGGCACCGUUCAGCCUCGGCUUCACUCCAGGAAGCGACGCUCCAGCGUGGAUGCCGGGAUAGCGCAGCUGGAGCCGGGCUGCCAGCACCCAGGGAGGGGGCCUGAGCCCCCAGUUUGGGCUCUCCUGCCCCCAACAGAGCCCCCACACAGCCCCUGGACCCCACUGCAGCUCACCAGGGCCCACCAUGCUGAGGGUCCCAGGGCUGAGGCUGGAGGAGGUUCACCACCCCAGUGCUGCUCCUGGGGGGACUCCGAUGUCCCCCAGCUCAGGACAGAGCUGAGAGGCCCCAUGCAGGGAAGGGGCCACCAAGAGCUGUGUCCAUCCCGUGCAGGGGCCCUGCCCACAGCUCCCGUGCCCCCCACGCCCCUCAGGAUGGAGGACUGGAGGAAGAAGUGGAGCCCCAAAGCCUCCAUGGCCUCAGCGGUGCCCACUGGGACCCCGCGGCUGCUGCCCCCCAGCAAGAGCACAUCCUUUGUGCUGCCACUGCCCUCACCCAAGCAGUGUGCCCGGCCCAGGCGCACGAGCAAGGAGCGGGUGCGUGGGGCAGCGCAGGGGACCCCCCUGCAGCACAGCUUCCUAACCGAUGUCUCUGAUGUCUACGAGAUGGAAGGGGGACUGCUCAGUCUCCUCAGUGACUUCCACUCAGGAAAGCUGCAGGCAUUUGGGAAGGAGUGCUCCUUUGAGCAGCUGGAACACGUGCGGGAGAUGCAGGAGAAGCUGGCGCGGCUCCACUUCAGCCUGGACGUCUGUGUGGAGGAGCUCCCUGAGGAGCAGAAGAAGGUAGUGGCAGACAGAAACCUGGACCAGCUGCUGGCACAUCUGGAGGAGCUCAGCAGCUCCAUACAGAAGCUGCACCUGGCCGAGAGUCCCGGCCCCGAGGACACCGCAGCCUGACCCUGACCCCAACCCGGACCCGGACCCGAACCCCCGCUGGGGUGUGCGGCCGCUACCGGGACACCACCCAUAAGUCGCAGCCCCCUUCCCGGCGGAAGGGCCGAUGGAGGCGGCACCGAUCCCCGCUGGGCCUUGCGGAUCCCGGCCCGCCCCCGCCGCCAUUUUCUUCGGUGCCGCUGCGGUCGCGUGAGGGCAGAGCGGAGCCCGGGGAACGGCGGCGGCCAUGGCGGCAGCGCUGGGGCUGCAGGCGGAGGGGUGGGAGCGGCUGCUCCGCGCCGUGACCCGGCUGCAGAUUCCAUCACCAGGGGAACGCUUGGGUCCCCACGAGACUGCACCAAGCAACAACACCAGUGCAGAAAAUCCACAGGAGGUGGAAUUGGACACCUCUGAACCAGAACAGGACUGCAGCAGUGGGAAUCCUGCAACCCAACUGCAGAGCAAGGAAGAACUGAACAUGGCAGGUGACAGCGAUGGAACAAACCCCACAAACCUCGGGGGUGGUGACCACCAACACACCAAAAAGGGGUGCAGUGCCCCAUCAGAGAGUGAGGACUGGCAGAAUGACAGCAUUGUGUCCUCUGCGUGGGACAGCGCUCUCCUGGGGGCAGAGUCUCUUGAAGCCUCCCUGGGAAUUCCCCUUGAGGACCUAAAGCAGCUUCCUCACACUCGCUCUGGUCUCCAGUCCUACAGAAAUCACCUAAUGAUGGAGCUGCUGUGGUUGCAACAAGCCAUCAUCAGCCGUAAAAACUUCUUGAUGUUGAAGCAGAAGCUUGGGACUCCAGACCCAUGGGAGGGCAUUCCAGAGCACCAGGGGCACUUGGAUUGGUGUGGAGCUGCAGCACCACAGUCGUGAAGUGACCUCAGGGACAGCAGCAGCUUGAGGAGCUCCAGCUCCGUGGGUUGAUGUUUUCCUCUCCAGGUGAAUGUGGCAAGAAGCCUUCUACUUCAUUUAAAUGUGGGUAUUUAGUGAAAGCAGGGAUUAAACAUUUCUGUGAGGACAGGAGGUGGUUGUGUGCCUGGGAGGGGAGUCCCAGUGACACCUCCUUCCACAGGGACCCUGUUUCUGUUGGCUGAGAUGGAUGAUCCUGGGGGAAGAUUGUGGCUGGGAUGACUGUCACUUAUGGAAGAUCUUUUCUCACCAGCUUAUAAUUUGUGGUGGAAGUAAAAUGCCUGAGGGCAGGGCUGCUUUCAGCCUGCAGGAACAAGCUCUUUCAUUCUGGUCUGUGCUGGGUGUUUGGGACAGCCCUGCACAUCACAGCUCUGCUGUAUCUGGGAUCUCCAGGUGCUCCUAGGCUUUGGGGAACACCUAGUGGAAGAAUGGAGAGUUUCCUGACUUCCCUGUGCAGCUGGUGGCAGGGAUGGCACAUCAAACCUGACCUGCAGGAGAUGAGGGUUGGUUCCUGACACCUCGUGGCAGAGUCUCCUGGGCUGGUGUUUGAGGGAGUGAGUAAUGACUUAGAGGGUUUGGUGCUUUUUUUAUCUUCAGGGGCAUUUGAGGUCCCUCAGAAAGGGACUUUCCACAGGGUGCUUUGUUUCCCUACUGUGCCCCCUGAGCCUUUUGUGCAAACACUCAGCAUUGCUGCUGCCUGAAUGUGACACUGUGACCCCGUGACUGACAUUUCCUUCUGUUCCUCUGUGUUUCUGAAUAAAAAGCUUUUCUGA